GCGGACACGAGGCGCGGGGCGCCCCGCCCGCCGCCGGACGCGGAAGCCGCGGAGGUGACAACUGCCGGGGCUGUGGCGACAUCGCGGCUGAGGGCCGACUUACCUAGUCAGGAAGAGCUGACUGCUAAAGAGAAAAUGACAUCUCUAGAAAAAGUUGAUGAUGCCUCAGCACCCAUUCGAGGACCUGGAGAUGGCAUGGAAACAGAGCAAACAGCUGGAUCAGUGGAAGUAAUCACUGCAGCCAGCACUACGAGCCAUCACAUCCACCACAGCCCCCAUAAAAAGACAGCCUCUUCCCUGAGUCCCGGAGUUCUGCAGCUGGGGAAAGUACAUGCAGAUAAAUCAGUGGAAAUUGAAGCUGUUCGAAUAUUAGUCCCCAAAGCAGCCAUCACCCAUGUUGUUCCAACUAAAAAUGCUAAGGUAGCUAAAUCUUUGGGACAUAAAGGAGACACAUUCCAUCAGUCAGAUGGCGCCACAGAUCCCAAGAAAGAGCAGAUAGAGCUGAAAAAUGCAAUUGAAAAGCUAAAGAAUUCAGAAAAGCGGUUGUUACAGGAUAAAGAAGGUCUCUCUAAUCAGCUGCGUAUACAGACAGAGGUCAAUCGGGAGUUGAAGAAAUUACUUGUUGCUUCUGUUGGGGACGAUCUGCAGUAUCACUUUGAACGGAUGGCUCGUGAGAAGAAUCAGCUCAUCCUAGAAAACGAAGUCCUGGGCCGGAAUAUGGCUCAGUUGUCUGAACAAUUGGAGCGCAUGUCGAUACAAUGUGAUGUGUGGAGAAGCAAAUUCCUAGCAAGCAGAGUGAUGGCUGAUGAGCUGACCAAUACCAGGGCAAUUCUUCAGCGCCAAACCAGGGAUGCACAAAGUGCAAUCCAGGACUUGCUGAACGAACGUGAACAGUUCCGUCAAGAGAUGAUUGAUACACACAAGCUGCUGGAGGAGCUCAUGGUCUCUCUUCAGUGGGGGAGACAACAGACAUACUAUCCUAGUGCCCAGCCUUACACUACAACAGAGCUAGCAGCUGUGAACUGUAAGCUAGCCAAAGCUGUAAGCUCACAUCUUCUAGGAAAUGUUGGCACUAACAGUCCAAAAAAGACUUCAACAACUGUGGAGUUUUGCAAUACCCCUGCUGAGAAAAUGGCUGAAAUGAUGCUACGUGUACUGGAUCCAGCUGCACAUCCAGAAACAUCAACAGAAGUUUCUUUUUCUGAGACUUCUCCAUCUUCUUUCCUUUCCACAAAGAAAAGUAUUGGAAGGUUUCACCCAUAUACAAGAUAUGAAGAUGUCACCUUCAAUUGUUGUAAUCACUGUCAAGGAGAGCUGAUAGCCCUUUAAAUGCCCAGCCAAGGCAGCUGUGCAUGCACUCUUUCUAAAGAACACUAGUUGAUGCUCAGCAGGCUUUCCUUUGUCCUUUUUCUGUAAUGGGUGGGUCUAGCAUUGGAAAUUACAUAGUUUCAGCUUCUCUACCUCUUGAAGUUAGGGAUUGACAGGAUUUCCAGAGUCUCUGGGAUACUUCUACUGUUUCUCAUUGAGGAAAGCUACUUAUUUUCUUACACAUAGUCAAGACAAAAAACAUGCUGGUCCAAUUUAUAGAGCAUAGAGAUGCUCUUGACUGUUUAACAUUUAUAGUUUUGUCAACAAAUCUUAAUGAAUUUCCUUUUAGAGGGAGACAGAAGUGUAACCAUACCAAAGCAAAUUAAGUGCUGAUCAGUUAUGUCUAAAUUUAAAAAUAAAGUAAUGAUAAAUUGUCAGUUACAUUUUUUUUUUUUUUAAAUUUUAGCCAAGGUGAUGAACUGUCCCCAAGUCUAUGUUCUACCUUUUAAAUUUAGUUGUAAAAAGGAGUAUAUGCAAUCAUUCUUCUUAGCUGUAAGUUCUGAAAGCAAGAGUAUAUACAGUGUCAGCCCACCUGUCAAGAAGGCAAUGAAGCUUGAAUGAACUUUAGCUAUAAUACAUAAGUAGUAACUGCUUUCAAUUGGAUUCUAGAAAACUCUGGGGUGAGAUUAUUCUUUCAUUUCUAUAGAGCUGAAAUGGCUUUUCCAUUGUUUCAGCUUCUAGAAUGAAGCUGCUGCCUAGCUGAUCCUCAGCAAAGGCAGACUGACAUGCUUCCUUUAGUACAUAGCAUUGAGCCUGCUCUGGCAUUAGGACUCAGUCCUCGCCCAAGGUCUUCCUGGGUAUUAUAGGAAGAUGAAGAUAAGCACUGUUUGCACAGGUACUGUUAAAAAAAAAAAAGUAUUUUUUUACUUGUAUGGUUUUAUAAUCUUGAUAUAGAUUUGGAGUUCUUGACAUAGGUUUGAUGAGAACUUUUAGGAGACAAUCUGCUAAAUCCAAAGAACCCUAUUUAAGUUUCUUUGCUUGACCCCCAAAUUUACCAUAUGAAGCUGCCUACUUUAGGGAAAAGGUUUCUGAAAUGGUUGCUUUUACCCCAUUUUCCUUUGAAUCUCAUACCCAUGAUCAGAAUAUGUAAGCUGUAAGUUCUUGCUGGCUCAGCUUUGGUUUACAUGAAGAAAGCUAAAAUAAACUUCCUUUGCUUGCUUUCAA